UCCUGUCUCCUCCCUGUCUCUCGACUCCCUCUCUCCCCUCUCAACUCCGCCGCCGGCGCCGCUGCCCUGCACCGGCCCGUCAUCGCCCACCCUCGCUGCUGCCCCGCGCCCUAGUUCUUCUCUAUUCGAUUGGUUGAGCCCUAGUUCUUCUCUGUUCGAAACAACCCAGCCGUCGCCAUCUCAGGAAGACCGGCGAGCUACGCGACCUAGAGCCCGCCCAUCGUUGCUGGUGGUCCGAGGAUCGGCGAGCCGAUGGUGUUCUACGGCCGGUUCUCUUCUCAACUCCACAUAAUCGAGGCAGGAAAGGGGGAAAGCCCUAAUUCUCUAAUUUGCAAUCGAGAGCAGAUGAGGUUGAUAAUUGGGCGUCGAACAAGAGUUUUGCCCCUUCUCCCUCUUUCUACCUCCUCUCUGCGCCGCCUUUGUCUCCGGCGAGCAGCCGCUAGCCGCCACCUUCUCCAGCCUGGCGUCGCCCCCCAUCCCCAUCACCCCUCUCUCGCUUCCACCACCACGAGCAACCUCCAUCGUCGGCUCAGCGCCCACCACCGCUCCAAUCGCACCACCACUACCCCUGGCACCUGCCUCCAGCCUCUGACUCCGACAACAGUCGCCCUCAUUCUUCAGGUUGUUCGAAGCAGAAGAAGUGUUGGAAUAACAAAUCUGCUGCUGUUGCUGAUGGUUUAGAAUAGGAGCAGCACUG